AACACUAACCCAGCUCGCCUCUCCAUUAAUCUCUUUCAUUUUUAAUUGUUUUUCCUCCAAUAGUAAGGAGAGGCGAGUGAAGAACAAGCCCUUCAGACUCUACGCUGAAUCCUCUCUCUCUCUCUCUCUGAUAUUUUUUGUGUUCUUAGCUGCCUUACUACAGUGAAUAUGAUCUGAUUCUGCGUCUGAUUGUUGGGGUCGGUGGGAGCUGAGCUAGAUUUCUGGGAAAGUUGGAAAUGUUGGGAAAAUCCGAGCAAACCUGAGAAAUUUAUCGCUUAACUUUUUCUGGGUAGUUUAAUUUUUCUGGGCACUGCAUUAUUAGUGUAAAGAUUGGAUAUUUUGAGUAAAUUUCGACCGUUGUAGCAGGAUGUGCUGGCCGGCGAUCGGGCUGCCGGUCGUGUCUAUGAACUCUGAGCUUACAUUUGCUGUAGGGUUUUAUUGAUUAGCUUUUUUGAUAAUAGUGGUUUUGUUCGGAGAUUGGGUCAAGCUGGUAGGUGGAACAAAAAAAGCAGAUUGACUGGUAGACGGGAGGAAAGUCGAAACCCUAGAACACUCCAACUCCCAAAAAUUCUUUGAAUUCUGACAUAAAUGCCUUAGAUUUCGCUUUUUUCGGCCAACUCUCAAACAAAACCCAAGAAGUUUACUUCGGAGCUCAUGCCGGCCGAUUUGGACAACUCGUCCUCCAUGGCCGUCUCUACGGGUUCCGGCGAAGCCAGCGUUUCUUCUUCCGGUGAUCAGCCGCCACCGCCGAAAGCAACAACGCCUGCCAAGAAGAAACGAAAUCUACCUGGAAUGCCUGAUCCAGACGCUGAGGUGAUUGCUCUGUCUCCGAAGACUCUGCUGGCGACCAAUCGAUUCGUGUGCGAAAUUUGCAAUAAAGGGUUUCAGCGCGAUCAGAAUUUGCAGCUACACCGACGCGGUCACAAUCUUCCGUGGAAGCUCAGGCAGCGAUCGAGCAAAGAGGUCCGGAAGCGGGUGUACGUCUGCCCCGAGCCGUCGUGCGUGCACCACGAUCCGUCGAGAGCUUUGGGCGAUUUGACUGGGAUUAAGAAGCAUUUCUGCAGAAAGCAUGGCGAGAAGAAGUGGAAGUGCGAUAAGUGUUCGAAGAAGUAUGCGGUUCAAUCCGAUUGGAAAGCUCACUCCAAGAUUUGUGGCACCAGAGAGUACAAGUGCGAUUGCGGAACCUUGUUCUCCAGGAGGGAUAGCUUCAUUACCCACAGGGCGUUCUGCGAUGCGUUGGCGGAGGAAAGUGCAAGAAAUCCGACUCAGACUCAGACUCAGACUCAGACCAAGACAACGGUGAAUCCCAAUCCGGAAGAAGACCGUAAAAUUCAGAGAGUGAGUUCAUCUCCGCCGACCCUGCCUCCGCCUGCUGCGCCUGCAGCUGCUUUGCCUCCAUCGUCAUCUGCUGUGGUACCAGCGGUCCUGCCGAUUCAGAGUCCAGCAUCGGAUUUUCCGGAGAACUCCACUCAAAUCCUGGAAGAUGCACAAGCAUCGACCUGUAUGAACGGAAGUUGCAGUAGCAGCACCAGCUCAAGCAGCAGCGGUAGUACCACCAGCACUGUAUUCGCCAGCUUGUUUGCUUCCUCAACUGCUUCAGCAGCCUUGCAACAUCCAACACCACCAACCAGUUUACAACCACCUCAGACCACAGGAUUCUCUGACUUAAUCCAAGCCACUGCCGACCACCCAGCAACCUCCUCUGCCGAGCCCAUUUCCCUCUGCCUCUCCACCAACCACGCCCCAAUAUUUGGGACUGCAGGGCAGGAGUGCAGGCAGUAUGCGCCGCCUCUGCAGCCUGUUAUGUCUGCCACUGCACUGCUGCAGAAAGCUGCUCAAAUGGGCGCAGCAGCAACCAAUGCUUCACUGCUGCGUGGGUUUGGGAUAGUCUCAUCUUCAUCUUCUUCAUCUGGGCCACCAGAGAAUUUUCCGUGGAAUCAGCAAAUGGAGCAUGAGAGUGCACCGGGUCCAGGAGGUCUGGGUCUUGGGCUUCCCUCUGACGGAGGGUCUGGUUUGAAGGAUGUGAUGUUGGGAGCAACUGUGUUUGGGUCCAAGCGAACAACACUUGAUCUUCUGGGUUUGGGAAUAGGCACUGGCAUUGGCGGCAGCCCUGCUGAGGGAUUAUCAGCUCUAAUAACCUCCAUAGGUGGUGGCCUUGAUGUGGCUGCAGCAGCGGCCGCAACAUCGCUGGGAAGCGGAGAAUUUUCUGGCAAAGAGAUGGGAAGGAGGUCAUGACAGGGAAGAGAGCAUAGUAAAAAUUAAGUACUAAACCCACAAAUAUCUGUCAUAUGCCCUUAAUUUGAGUCCAGCAUGAGGAGAUGGGCAGUUGGGUUUCUCUCUGCUGGCUGCCUUCUAUGACCAGGGGCAGAACCUAAUUCAUCGGCAUGGAGGCUUAGCAACCAAAGGAUGUCCAGAUUCCCUGAGACCCUUUCUUCACUCUGUUAUUUAUGUAAUGUGAGAGCACCAGUAGAGUUCAUUACAUGUUAAUAAUUUUGCUUGAAGACCUAGAGGCAUGAACAUCCAGAGGACAAAAGCAAAAAAAAAAAAACAAGGUUUGGAGCAAAAGUUGGGGUCCUAUGUAUGUGGGGCACUGGGGACAUGGAUUGUUAGUAAGAGUAGUAAUUUAAAGGGUAGCCCUGCAAUUGUUGGUGUGGCCAUUGGGCCACUUGAGGGAUUUGAGUACUGAGGGAUGUUAUGAUUUUGGGUACUGUGGUUGGAAACCUAAGGUACUUGCAUUAUUAUUUUGAUAAUUUUAAAAGGCCUUAAUUACUUUAAA